GUGCUGCAAUAUUUGAUAUGUGCCCUUGCACGGGGCCACCAUUGGAGAGGCUCUCACAGGAUCAGCUCUGACUAGCUCCAAGCAUGAGACACUUAAUGAAUCUUCAGCGGCUGGCUGUCCGCUCCUUCAGCGUGACACCCAGGCAGAUGAAGAACAAGGUUCCAGAGUACCAGAAGUUCUUCCAGGCGGACAACGGCCUACCUGUCCACAUCAAAGGAGGGAGCACAGAUGUCAUACUCUACCGCAUCACCAUGGGAAUCACACUUGCUGGAACAUGUUUCUCCUUGUACUGGCUUCUUGUUGCCUGUCAGCCCAGGAAUAAAUAGGGGAGAAUGAAACAUUGCUCAACUGCGUUUGUAAUCACGACUUUUCUAAAUAAUAAAGACAGUAUAUAAACAUA